UGCGUCGCCUCGAGGCCUGGGGCAUCUGCCUGUCUCGGUUGUCCGGGUGGAUGGCUGCACAGGGAACCGCAUCCCUGCCGCAGUUAAACGCUGUGCUGUCCCUCGGCGCUGACGUGCUCCCCGAGUACAAGCUGCAAGCCCCGCGCAUCCACAAAUGGACCAUCCUGCACUACAGCCCCUUCAAGGCGGUGUGGGACUGGCUCAUCCUGCUGCUGGUCAUCUACACGGCCAUCUUCACGCCCUACUCGGCCGCCUUCCUGCUCAACGACCAGGAGGAGGCUCAGCGCCGCAACUGCGGCUACUCCUGCAGCCCGCUCAAUGUGGUCGACCUCAUCGUGGACAUCAUGUUCAUCAUUGACAUCCUCAUCAACUUCCGCACCACCUACGUCAACUCCAACGAGGAGGUGGUGAGCCACCCCGCCAAGAUCGCCAUCCACUACUUCAAGGGUUGGUUCCUCAUCGACAUGGUUGCUGCCAUCCCCUUCGACCUGCUCAUCUUUGGCUCCGGCUCUGAGGAGACCACCACCUUGAUCGGGCUGCUGAAGACGGCGCGGCUGCUGCGCCUGGUGCGGGGGGCCCGCAAGCUGGACCGGUACUCGGAGUACGGGGCGGCCGGGGCCCUCCUUCUCCCCAACCCGCUCUACGGCCCCACCAUCAAGGACAAGUACGUCACGGCCCUCUACUUCACCUUCAGCAGCCUGACCAGCGUGGGCUUCGGCAACGUCUCGCCCAACACCAACUCCGAGAAGAUCUUCUCCAUCUGCGUCAUGCUCAUCGGCUGUGAGUGCGCCCGGGGCCCGGCCGCCCUCGGGGUCCUGCGCGGGGCGAGCGGGCAGGGCGAGCAUGUGUCUGG